CCCGGGUGCACGUUCAAAGAUAGAUAAAUCUAAGAUUUACAUCUUUUGAAUCAAGCCCACUCGCAAUCAGGAAAAACUAAACUUAUUAAGAUAAUUACGACAAACGUAGGAUAUCUUAGGUCAGGAUUCGACUAUUACCUGUCGCGAUUCGGCCAGGAAAUGUUUCCAAUUGCCACACGCAGUUUCCAAGUACAUCUUGAGAAGCUCUAUCAGAUUGAAACGAUUAGUUUUCGAAAAUCCCCUUCUAUUCAGCCAGAAAACCUGAAUUACUGCAAAAAACACGUGCAAAAUGCAAUAAACAAUCGUAGAACCUGUCGCGAUUCGGCCAGGAGAAGUUUCCAAGUGAGGCGUUGUGGUUUCAGACAGAACUCGACCUGCUCUAUCGAAUGUACGUCUCAGUUUUUUCAAAUAUUGCCUCCUUUUACCUAAAUCAGGCCUAAAACCUGCAUUUAGCAGAAGGUUUUAGCAAAAACCGUCGCGAUUCGGCCAGGAGAAGUUUCCAAGUGAACCGCUCCGGUUCCAGGUACAACUCAACGUGCUCUAUCGAAUGUACGUCUCAGUUUUUUCAUAUAUUGCUUCCUUUGGCCUAAAUCACGCCUAAGACCUGCAUUUUGCAGAUGGUUUUAGCAAAACCAGUCCCAAUACGGCCAGGAAUAGUUUCGAAUUGGCAAGUGCAGUUUACAAAUACAUCUCGACAAGCCCUAUCUUCUCGCAUAAUUUUUAUUCGAAAAUACUUCUACUAUGUGGACCAGAAGUCUGAAUUACUGUUUCAUCAACACAGAAAAUUCAUUUGCUAAUCCUAAAAAAUUUUAUUUUUAAUUCAAACAAUCAAAUACACGCGAUCAAAUAUUAGAUUUACUUUCAAAUGUAGAUGCAUUAAUACUUUUGAAUGAGUUUAUACAUGCAGCUUUAUUUUUAUUUGAAAUGGAUUUCAAUCCGGUAUUUUCAUUUAAACAAAAAAAUUUAGCAGAACUUUUCUCAAUUCCAAAACAAGAUUAACAUGAUUUUCAUGUUCCCUUUUCAAAAAAGUUCAUUCAUUAUUAGUACUCGUUUUAUCCUGAAUUGAGCAGAUAUUAAUGUGUUUUAUUUAUAGUGAAAUUGUUUUAAUAAAAGGGAUUUAGCGAUAAUUAUAGUAAAACAAAUCAGUAUCGUUAUGUUCUUUUUGAAAUGAAACUUAUUUAGGAUUGAAUUACGACAAAUCAAAUUCAGUAUUUUAUUCUAAAAUAAAAUUGAUUUCAUUAUUUCCUAAUGGAAAUGAAUUCAUUCAAGUCUAGCGGUUUUCUUUAUUAAUACACAAAUUUAUACUUUAAUUUUAUUCUUUUUUUUUUUAUUAAUGAUAAUAAAUAAAUUUAUCAUUUCAAUCAACUUUCUUUCGAGAUAAAACUGAAACUGACUGCAAAACCAAAUAAUUGUUUUUUUUUGUAAAUACUUUUGAAAAGCAAAAGACGUUUUUUUUUCAAGCUGAAGAACAAUCAAUCAGUUCGAAUGAAUCCCCUUCAUUUGAUUGGCUUGGAAAAUUUUCACGAAUAGAAUAAUUGAUAGAUGGCACUGUGUAAUUGUUUUAUUAGUCAAUCAAGCGAUGAUUCAUAGUUUGAAUCGUUAGAUUAACUAGAUUUCUACAAGUUCCUUUGGUUUCAAGCUCUCUAUGCUACACAGGAAUUCUAUAAGCUGAUAAUACUCAACAUUUGAUCACUAAAUCACUAUUUACAGAUAACUUUAUGCAAACAACCAUUCUAUGUACAAUGAAUGAGUUUUAAUUAAUAAAAAGUUUCAUUAUUUCAAUUUGACCCAUUUUCUCAAUUUUUACCCAAUUUUAGAUGAAAUGUUCUCGUUUUGAAAAAAAACUAUUUAGAAAUGUUUUCUAAUUCGGAAUAUGUAAAAAGAGACGAAUAAUAAUCAUACUAUUUUUAUUCUUUCUGAUAUUAUUAAAUAAUUCUUUAUUUAUAUCUAAUCGACUUAUAUGUAUGAUUAUAUAUACAUCAUUAAGAUAAAAAUCAACAAUAUUUUAUUUAUUUAUUUAUUUUCUGUUCUUAGAAUUAGAAACUAUUUUAGCUUCAUCUAAAUUUUACUUCACAAGAUAUAAGUAUUUAUUUAUCAGUCAUAGGAAUUCAUCGUACAGAUCAUACCAGAAAUAUUUUGCUUUUGUUUUUUUCUGUAUCGCGUGA